AUGCUCGGCAGACCAAAUAAACAGCCAAUAAUAUCGGAAAAUAUUGAAGCAGCAAACAACAUUAUAGAAACCUCAGCGAGUAGUAUUUUAUCAACAAGUGUAAAUAAUCUUGAUCCGAUGAAUAGCAUCAAUUUGAAUACAACAAAUAUCACCCUCAAUAAUACAACCAUGAAUAAUAAUUAUACAUCAGUUCAAAAUAAUAAUGCCACUUCAUCGUUUUAUGUGAUUGUGAAUGGUGUAAUAAGUCAUGCAGAAUUUCCUGGCAAUAUGAAUAUUUCGUGUAGUUUUCAAUUUGUUUAUGGGCAAGAUUGGGAAAUUGCAAGAACAACUGGAGAAGGAGUAAGCUUGGAAAGUGGUGUGACACAGGUUGCAAUGAGGCCAAGAGGAUUCAACUCAAAGUAUAUUUGGAAUUUCCCUCUGGAGAUUUGUUUUAGAAGUACAAAUCCUUAUGGAUGGCCAAAGUUGUGUCUUGUUGUUCAAGAAGGAACUGGAAAGCAAAAGAUUAUCGGAUAUGGAUGGUGUCAAGUACCAAUCGGAGCUGGAAAACACAGUCUGAAAGUUAAACUGUUUAAACCUCAAAGUACAUCCUUAAUACAGAAAUGGAUUGGUUCCGUAAAGGGAGUGGCCCCAGAAUAUUUCGACUCGACAAUGGUUUGUAAAGGUGAAGGAAGAGAGGUAACCAGGACUGAAAGUGUUGGAGGAGAGGUGACAAUAGAAUUAAAUAUUAUGCACAAGGGAAUGACUCAGUUUGGUUUUGAACCAUUUGUUCAAUAA